AUGACACCCUUAGAAAGAAUUCAUUUUAUGAGAUCACACCGUCAUAUUUCAGAACCUGCAAAGCUACUCACAAAACAACUUGGUUCAGCUGAUAUACCUACUCAUAAAAAGAUGAGUAUUUUGGAGGUGCAAUAUGGAGGAAUGGAGACAAUUGGUUUUACCAAAAAGGAUAUUUACAAUUUUGAAUAUUAUGAGAGUAGCCUGAUGAAGAACCAUGAUGUUGAACUGGUGAAUGAGUAUUUUUUAGCUGAACAGAAAAACAAUAUAUCAUUUUAUUUCAAGAUUGAGGGAGAUUCCAAUGACAGGCUUACUCGAUGUUUUUGGGCAGAUGCAACUUCUAGACGAGCAUACAGAUUUUAUGGAGAUGUUGUCGUGCUCGAUACCACAUUCAACACGAACCGAUAUGGCUUGCCAUUUGCACCAAUGUUGGGGGUUAAUAAUCAUGGUCAGACAAUUGUUUUAGCUUGUGCAUUUUUAAGUAAGGAAACGACUGAGUCAUUUAUUUGGAUGUUUGAGGAGUUUAAGAAAGCCAUGCCAAGUGGUGAGCCAAAAAUGAUCAUUACAGAUCAAGAUGCAGCUAUGGCUAGAGCGAUUUUUGAAGUAUUCCCCACUACAUUUCAUCGACUUUGCAUAUGGCACAUCACAACCAAGUUCUCUGAUAAACUACGACAGACUGCUUAUAAGGAAUAUUGGAAAGAGUUUAAGGAAACCAUAUGGGAGAUUGACAAUAUAGAUGAAUUUGAAGAAAAGUGGCAUGCAAUUGUUACAAAAUCUAGUUUGACUUACCAUCCAUGGAUGAGUUUAGUUUUUGAUUUGCGAAAAUCAUGGGUUCCAGCCUAUGUAAAACAUCUUUUUUCUGCUGGAAUGUCAAGCAGUCAAAGAGCAGAAAGCUCUCAUGCAUUUUUCAAGCAAUAUAUAUCAAAGAGAAAUUCAUUAAUGGAUUUCAUAACAAGAUUUCAAAGGGCACUUUCCCAUCAACGUCAAAAAGAGUUACUUGCUGAUCACAUUGAUGCAUUUGAAAAGUCUCAAUGUGCUCUAUUCAUAACAAUGGAUAAACAAAUGGCUGAAAUAUACAUAAAGGCAAUGUUCCAAAAGUUUGAACAGGAGCUAAUGCAAAGUUUACCGUGUUUUAUGGAACUGAAAAUGGAUGACGCCUCCAAAACUAUCUAUAAGUGA